GCCUGCGUAAGAGCGCCGAGACUACAUCGCAAGGCAUCCAGAUCAAAGACCUUCUCGACCUAAAACAGCAGCAGGCUAGCAUUCUGCAGGCAUGGCAGUCGGUCCGACAAGCAGACGAAAGCGUUCGCCAGGGACGAUCUGUCAUGAUCUUUACGAUUGUUACCAUCAUAUUUCUACCGCUAUCGUUCAUGUCGAGUGUGUUCGGCAUGAACAAUAGAGACAUUGGCGACACCAACAUGUCUUUUGGAGACCAGGCAAGUUGGAUGUUCCCAAUAUCCGCCAGUGUGAUUUUCAUCUCCAUUGUAUUCGCCUUUUGGACUUACCCGCGCACACUUUUCUGGUCUGCAUACAAGCUCUUAGAGACAUGGGUUCUUGUCACCUCCGGCUUCUAUACUCUAUAUCUCAAGAUUGGAGAGUGGAAGAAAGACUGGACGACAAGCGAUAAGAUCCUGAAAAGACUUGAAAAGAAAGUAGAGGGCAUGAGAAGCAAAGUCAAAGACCAGCGUCGUGCCGAGCGCGAGAGGACAGAUGCCAAGGUGUUGGAAAAAGGUGCAGGAGAUGCCAAAGUCUGAGUAUUGCUUGCCGGGAAAGGAAGAAGUUUUCUCUUAUCUCGGAGGUCACGAUGUCAUAGCAGGGCUGUACUGAUCGCGUAGGCAAGCUUCUCAGAACACCGUUCCGACUCAUUGAGAAGGAAUUUCAUAGUG